AUGACCGACGACGGUGAAACCAGAGGACUUUUGGUUUGCAACAAGGAGGGAUUUCGAAAGGUUGACAAGCGAGACCCAUUGUCAAAAAACUCUAGAGCUGAAACUAGGACUGGGUGUGAGGCUCGACUUUAUAUUAAAUUACAUGAGGGUAAUGGAAAAUAUGUUGUGACUGAUUUCAAAGAAAAACACAACCACGAUCUUGUAUCACCUGAGUGUGCCCACAUGUUGCCGUCACAAAGAAAGAUCUCCACUACCCAAGCAAUUCAAUUAGAUUUAGCGGCACAAUCUGGUCUUCGUUUAGGCCAGUCUUUUGAACUCAUGGGUAGGGAAGCUGCAAAAUUAGAUCAAAAAGGUUUUACGAAGUUAGAUUCUAAAAAUUAUUUGAGAACCAAAAGACAACAAAGUUUAGCAUAUGGGGAAGUAGGCAAUGUGUUGCAAUACUUUAAAGAAAAAUCUUUGCAAAAUCCUUCCUUCUUUUAUGCUUUUCAGUUAGAUAAUGAGGAGCAAAUAACGAAUAUGUUUUGGGUCGAUGCACAAAUGAUCAUGGAUUAUGCCUAA